AUGUCUCAAACCAAGGCUGGGCGCAGACGACGUUCGAGUAGCAUCAUCUACCAGGAACCGCAGGAGUCCAUCGAACAUAAGAGUGAUCAAGCAGCCUUACCAAAUUUGAAUGCCAACUGGGUGAACGCGAAAGGCGCCUGGACCAUCCACUUCGUCCUCAUUAUCGCCCUUAAAAUAUUUUACGACAUUAUCCCAGGAGUUUCCCAGGAGACGUCAUGGACGCUCACAAACAUUACCUAUAUGUUUUGCUCCUUUCUCAUGUUUCACUGGGUCCGAGGUGUUCCUUUCGAGUUCAACGCCGGUGCCUAUGAUAACCUCAAUAUGUGGGAACAAAUCGACAAUGGUGAUCAGUACACUCCUGCGAAGAAAUUCCUGCUCAGUGUGCCAAUUAUUUUGUUCCUGCUGAGCACCCACUACACACAUUACGAUUUGACUUAUUUUAUCAUCAACUUUUUGGCUGUGUUGGGCGUGGUGAUCCCCAAACUUCCAAUUUCUCAUCGCAUGCGGAUCGGUUGGUUUGUGGAUGACAUAGAUGAUUCUUAG